GACGUUACCGAGCCAGAUAAAACACCGAACGGCUUCACGCGGACGCAUCAGACAGUCCGUCCGCGCGCACAGAGCGACAGCAGCAGCAGCCGCAGCUCCCGUAGACACCGACUCGCGUCUCAUUGAUACAUUCUGGGUGUUCAAUACCGACGAGAACGAUGGUCUGAACAGAUUUAGGCGAUCAAUUCGUGAAUGUAAUUCCAUUACAUUCAUCUGAUCAGCGCGCGUAAAGGGCCGCUCUGGUUUUGCCGUCUCCUCAGUCGCCUUCUCUCUGAGAGAUUCAAGUGCCCAUGCGAUUCUUCAGACUCACCUUUAAGUGUUUCGUGGAUUGUUUUUGAAGGUGCUGUUUCAAAUAGGUGUCAUUGUCUUUUAUGGUCUAUUAUUUCAUUUCCAAACGCGUUUUUUGAUCAAACAAACCAAUAAUACCGUUGCCAAUUACGCCGAGAGAAUCAAACUGCCAUCCCUUGUAACCGUUUGACAUCGAGGAGAAACGGAAAAUACAUUCGUAAAUAAUAACACUGCUGGUUUUAUUAAAUAAAAGGAUAAAGGACCAGAUCCUGUGCACCUGAAGACGAACAAACGGGACAUCUUGGUGUGAAUAGAAGAAACUGACUUCAUCCAAGAACAAUAAGAGAUCAAAUAUUAAUUUUUGACUGCUGAUUUAAGCCCUUCUCGAGUCUCGUGAGGAGGUUCGUUUGCUUUGUUUACACGAGAGAUGGAGAAAUCCUCUCUGGACGCAGACUGCUGCGCCCUGAACUCGGUCCUGGUGGAGGAGAAGAAGGGCCAUCUCAUUCCCAAUGGAAACACGCAUCAAGGCGUCAAUGGGACCCUCAACGGCGGGCCCAUAUCAGCCGCCGCUGGAGCCAUAUCGUCGGCGGCGGCGGAGAAGAAGCAGGGCUUCCCCGAGCGAGAGACGUGGACCAGACAGAUGGACUUCAUCAUGUCCUGUGUGGGGUUCGCCGUGGGGCUGGGGAACGUCUGGCGCUUCCCGUACCUGUGCUACAAAAAUGGUGGAGGAGUGUUCCUCAUUCCCUAUGUGUUGUUCAUAUUUCUGGGAGGCAUUCCGAUAUUCUUCCUGGAGAUUGCGCUGGGUCAGUUUAUGAAGGCUGGAAGCAUCAAUGUGUGGAACAUUGCACCUCUUUUUAAAGGACUUGGCUACGCCUCCAUGGUGAUUGUGUUCUUCUGUAACACGUACUACAUCAUGGUACUUGCCUGGGGUUUCUACUACUUGAUAAAGUCCUUCAAUUCCACGCUGCCCUGGUCCACCUGCGACAACCCGUGGAACACCGAAAACUGCAUCGAGAUCUUCCGCCACGACGACUGCCAGAACGGCACCAUUGGCAACUCAACAUUUGGAAACCUGACGUGCGAAGAGCUUGCUGACGGGCGUUCCCCUAUCAUUGAAUUCUGGGAUUUUUGUCUUCGACAGAUUGUGUAUGUCACUGCCACGUUCCCGUAUGUGGUCCUGAUUAUUCUCCUGGUGAGGGGCGUCACACUUCCUGGUGCUUAUGAUGGGAUCAUGUACUAUGUUAAACCUGAUUGGUCUAAGCUAGGAGAGGCACAGGUCUGGAUCGAUGCUGGUACUCAAAUCUUUUUCUCCUAUGCUAUCGGGCUCGGGGCCCUCACGGCCCUCGGCAGCUAUAACCGAUUCAACAAUGACUGCUAUAAGGACGCUUUUGUUCUGGCUCUUAUUAAUAGUGGCACCAGUUUCUUUGCUGGGUUCGUGGUCUUCUCCAUCUUAGGUUUCAUGGCAUCCGAGCAAGGUGUGGACAUCUCUAAAGUGGCUGAAUCAGGUCCCGGUUUGGCAUUCAUAGCGUACCCUAAAGCUGUUUCUCUGAUGCCCGUGGCUCCGGUGUGGGCUGCCCUAUUCUUCGUCAUGCUGCUACUGCUGGGACUGGACAGUCAGUUUGUUGGUGUGGAGGGUUUCGUAACUGGCAUUCUUGAUCUUUUCCCUGGAAAGUAUUACAUGCGCUAUCAGCGUGAAAUCGCUGUGGCGAUCUGCUGUUUAUUAUGCUUCAUUAUAGAUCUCUCCAUGGUUACACAGGGAGGGAUGUACGUCUUCCAGCUUUUUGACUACUACUCAGCCAGUGGAAUGACCCUACUGUGGCAAGCAUUCUGGGAAUGCGUGGUUGUCGCGUGGGUUUAUGGUGCUGACAGGUUCAUGGACGAUAUUGCCCGUAUGAUCGGUUACCGGCCAUUCCCGUGGAUGAAGUGGUGCUGGUCCAUUAUAACUCCAUGUGUUUGCAUGGGUAUCUUCCUAUUUCACCUGCUGAACUACAAGCCUCUGACCUACAACAAUGUGUAUGUGUACCCGUGGUGGGGAGAGGUGAUCGGAUGGUGUCUGGCUCUCUCCUCCAUGCUCUGUAUCCCCGUUAGCCUUUUGUACAAGCUCGCUGGAGCCAAGGGAACAUUCAGAGAGCGUUGGGAAAAUCUGACCAAACCAGUGUGGGGAGCCCAUCACCUCGAAUACAUGGCCCCUGACACUGAAAUUAAAAGCCUGGCCUCUCUGUCUCCUGGAACGGAGGAGAACAAGGUGAUCAUUUUUGAGAGUGUUAUGUAGGUCAAAGGGAAAGCUCCCUCCGAAGGCAAGCUGGUUGAAGAAAUCGUCAGUAUUUUUUUUUUUUUUACAUUUGAUGGAAUUCUGCAUCAUCUUACAGUCUUAAAACAGCUGAUGGAAAUUGACGGUUACUUUUUGUUUCAUCAUACUACAGAUCCUCUAGCAGAUGCUCUUCCACCUGUUGAAACUGCAAACUAUAUACAUGAUUUUUAAGAAAAAUUAUGUGCAAAGUUUAUUGCAGAUAUCAAGAUUUGCAGGACAAAAUCAGCAUGUCUUUGGAGGGGACAGUAUAGUGUAGCCUAUAACAUUAUUUCACAGAGCGGCAGAAUUCCCACAGGCCACUUUCCUGAACGUGAUAUGGGUCUCUUUGCACUGACACGAGAAUCAAAUCUGAGCAAAAAGCACAUGGUUAAAAUGAAGCAAAAUGAAAAAAAAAAAAAAAGGAUUUACAAAUGCAUCCUUGACUUAAAUUGGCCCAAUACACAUAUACACACACGAUAUUCUCAAAUUCAUAAAAUCUCAUGCAUAUGUAAAUUAAAAUAAUGUACGCUUCAAUAAACAGUGUUGCAUUUAACUGAUCAGCAAACAUAGAUACAGAUGUAACAAUCAAACUAAAUGUGUCUUUGCAGAUUUCAUGUCAAGAAGGCCACAUGCAGUUGCCAAAUGAUGAAAACUAAUUUCUGUAGCUUUCUUUUGAUGUGUCUUCGUCUGAGACAGGUGACCUCAAUUCCUGGUGCGUGAUAUCACAGCAUUUACUGGAAGUGCCAAACAGAGCGCGACUUCCCAUCUCUGCUCAGGCUUGUCAGGAGAUGGUUUUGGUUGCCAUAAAUAAAAUCAAUAUCUUCCUAGUUCAUCUGAAAUGUACUGUGUGCUCGAUCUAUCCUGCACAUCAAGAGAUGCGUGUUUGGAAACAUCUAGAGAGUUUUUAGCAGACACAGGCAGGAUUUCAACUGAAGAAGUGGCACUUUUUUAAGGUGCUUGUAGGGCCACACAAUUAAUCGAAUUUCUAAUCGCGAUUACAAUUAUGGAUGCCACAAUUACGUAAUCGU